AUGUCGAGCCAUACCACCAACACAACCGCCCCUUUGCACCAGGUGGAUGAGAAUGCCUACUUCAACUCCAACCCACCGCCCAAGGCGCUACCCCAGCACAUCGCAGCAGCCGAGUCAUUCAUAAAUCAGCAUGCGGCAGCCAACCGGCGAGUCGUGCUUAUAACCUCGGGUGGUACGACGGUACCGCUGGAGAAGCAGACCGUGCGCUUCAUCGACAACUUCAGCGCCGGCACGCGCGGCGCCACGUCGGCUGAGUACUUCCUCGAGGCCGGGUACGCCGUCAUCUUCCUGCACCGCCAGUUCAGCCUACUGCCGUACAGCCGGCACUACAGCCACUCGACCGACUGCUUCCUGGACUUCCUGUACGAGGGCGCCGACGGCAGCGUCGUCGCCAACCCGGCCCACCAGGAGAAGAUGAUGCGCGUGCUGCGCAAGUACACCGACGCCAAGCGCCGCAACACCCUGCUGAUGCUGCCCUUCGUCACCAUCACCGACUACCUGCAUGAGCUGCGUGCCGUGGCGCAGCUGAUGCGACCGCUCGGCCCUAAUGGGCUGCUGUACCUCGCUGCCGCCGUUAGCGACUUCUUCGUGCCGCCCGAGCGCAUGGCCGAGCACAAGAUCCAGAGCACGGACGCGACGGACAAGUUGCGCCAGGGGCCCACGACCAUGAGGCAGGAAAAGCGGGAACAGCAGCAGCAGCAGCAGCCGUCAGAAGGAGGUGGAGGUAACCAAAAACAGAACGGGAGCGGGAAAGACGGAGCGCAGCCAGAAGAAGAAACCUUCGACAACUUCGACUCGUCGCCCGCGGUGCCGCGCAGCAAGCGCCUGAUCGUGGACCUGGACCCCGUGCCCAAGUUCCUCAAGAACCUGGUCGACGGCUGGGCGCCCGAGGGCAUGAUCGUGUCGUUCAAGCUCGAGACGGACCCGGGCCUGCUGGUGCACAAGGCGCGCUACUCGCUCGACCGCUACCAGCACCACCUGGUCGUCGGCAAUUUGCUGUCGACGCGCAAGUGGGAGGUCGUCUUCGUCGGGGCCGGCCGCGACGACCGCUGGAUCCGCGUCCCCAUCAACCGCCGCAAGAAGACGAUUAGCGGCGCCGAGGAGCUCGUCGGUGCGGCUGAGCGGGACCGCAGCACCGGUGGGGGCGGCAGUAAUAGGCCCCUGGACCCGGCCACGCUGCCGGAGGGUGAGCCGGAGAUGGAGAUUGAGAGCUUGAUCAUCCCGGCUGUGGAGGAGUGGCACUCGAAGCAUGUCGAGUCGGCUACCACGAGGAAUGGUGGCGCUUCUGCAUCCAGGUAA